AUGAACCAGAAGAAUGAGGAGACUAAGUUCAGUGUGCUGUGCAGCCUCUUCAAUUGGAUCCAACGCAGCAAGACCUCCGCCCUAAAGCGCUCCAAGUUCCGCAAAUUCCUUGACAACUUCUGCAAACCCUCCGACUACUUCGCCGCAAUCCGCCUCGUUCUCCCAAACCUCGAUCGCGAGCGCGGCAGCUAUGGCCUAAAGGAGUCCGUCCUGGCCACCUGUCUCAUCGACGCCCUCGGCAUGUCCCGCGACUCCGACGACGCCCUCCGCCUCAUCAAUUGGCGCAAGGGCGGCGCCCGCACCGGCGCCAAUGCCGGCAACUUCGCUCUCGUCGCCGCCGAGGUGCUGCAAAGGAGGCAGGGACUUAGUUCCGGUGGACUAACGAUCAACGAGUUGAAUGAGUUGCUUGAUCGUUUGGCUUCGAGCGAAAACAGGACUGAGAAGACUUCAAUUCUUACUACUUUGGUACAGAAGACAAAUGCUCAAGAAAUGAAGUGGAUCGUCAUGAUCAUCCUUAAAGAUCUGAAAUUGGGAAUUAGUGAAAAGAGCAUCUUCCACGAAUUUCAUCCAGAUGCUGAAGACUUGUUUAAUGUUACCUGUGACUUAAAAUUGGUUUGUGAAAAGCUGAGGAAUAGAAGUCAACGACAUAAACGACAGGACAUUGAAGUUGGAAAAGCUGUGCGACCGCAGCUAGCUAUGAGAGUUGGUGAUGCAACUGCUGCAUGGAAAAAGUUUCAUGGAAAGGAAAUUGUUGUUGAGUGUAAGUUCGAUGGUGAUCGCAUUCAAAUUCAUAAGAAUGGAGGUGAAGUACAUUACUACUCGAGGAACUUUUUGGAUCACUCCGAGUAUGGACAUGCAAUGUCAGACAUUAUUAUACAAAAUGUUCAGGCUGAUAGGUGUAUUCUUGAUGGUGAGAUGUUGGUCUGGGACACGUCUCUAAAGCGUUUUGCUGAGUUUGGUUCAAAUCAAGAGAUAGCAAAGGCAGCGAAGGAUGGACUUGACAGUGAUAAACAGUUGUGCUAUGUUGCAUUCGAUAUCCUUUAUGUUGGAGAUACUAGUGUAAUUCACGAGAGCUUGAAGGAACGGCAGGAGCUUCUCCAGAAAGUAGUCAAGCCUUUGACGGGUCGUUUAGAGAUUUUAGUACCUAAUGGUGGCCUUAACACUCGCCGUUCUUCAGGCGAACCUUGUUGGUCCCUUGUUGUUCAUACUGUGGAUGAUGUUCAGAGGUUUUUCAAAGAAACCAUAGCGAACAGAGAUGAGGGGAUUGUUAUAAAGGACCUUGGUUCUAAAUGGGAACCUAGUGAUCGUAGUGGAAAGUGGUUGAAACUGAAGCCGGAUUACAUUCGGGCUGGUUCUGAUCUGGAUGUUCUGAUAAUAGGAGGAUACUAUGGUUCAGGGCGUCGUGGAGGGGAGGUAGCUCAGUUCUUGGUGGGUCUUGCUGAACGUCCGGUUGCAAAUACUUAUCCAAGAAGAUUUGUAUCGUUUUGUAGAGUGGGUACUGGACUUACUGAUGAGGAGUUAGAUGCUGUGGCAACCAAAUUAAAACCUUAUCUAAGGAAGUAUGACUACCCCAAAAAGGCCCCACCAAGUUUUUAUGAAGUAACGAACCAUUCAAAAGAGAGACCAGAUGUUUGGGUUGAAAGCCCUGAGAAAUCAAUAAUCCUUUCCAUAACGAGUGACAUCCGAACCAUAAGGUCCGAGGUUUUUGCUGCACCAUACAGCCUGAGAUUUCCACGUAUUGAUCGAAUUAGAUAUGAUAAACCUUGGCAUGAAUGCCUUGAUGUGCAAUCAUUUAUAGAGCUUGUAGAUUCAGGUAAUGGUACCACACAAAAGGGGACAGGGACAGAUUAUGGUGGCCUGCAGGAUGAUAAAAAGAAACACAAGAGGAUCUCUAAAAAGGAAGAGAAAAGAAAUCUAUCUCUUGUUCCCUCUCAUUUAGUUCAGACUGAUGUUUCUGGUGUCAAGGAGGACAGCUUAAUAUUUUCAAAAAUGAUGUUCUACUUUGUUAAUGUGCCUCCAACUCAUUCUCUUGAUUCCUUGCACAAAAUAGUUGCUGAGAAUGGGGGUACUUUUUCGAUGAAUUUGAAUAACUCAGUCACCCACUGUGUUGCAGCUGAAAGCAAAGGGAUUAAAUAUCAGGCAGCAAAACGUCAGGGAGAUGUCAUUCAUUUGUCUUGGGUCUUGGAUUGUUGUUCUCUAAAGAAACUCCUUCCUUUACAGCCAAAGUACUACCUCUCAAUUUCUGAUUCUUCAAAGAAGAAGUUAGAAGAAGAAAUUGAUGAGUUUUCUGACCCGUAUUUCUGGGACCUUGACCUUGCAGACAUGAAGCAGCUGUUGAGCAAUGUGCCUAGAUCAGAGGAUGCGAAACGUAUCAACUAUUACAAGAAAAAAUACUGUCCUAUGGAGAAAUGGUCUCGAUUUCACGGCUGCUGCAUUUGCUUUAACUCAUCAAUUCAUUCCCUGAAACCGGAUUGGGAAGUCAUGUUAGGAGUUACAGUACGAAGGUUGAAGAUUGAAGUUCUCAUGGGUGGUGGCAGAGUCAGUGAUAAUCUUGCUGAUGCCACCCAUUUGGUACUCUUGUCAAUUCAGGGGUGUGAUGUGGGAUUCGAAACCUUAUCGCAAAGUUUGACUGAAGCGGAGAAGCACUUUUUGCAUAACAAAAGGUUGCAUGUUGUUGGACUGCAAUGGUUGGAAGACUGCUUGGAAAAGAAGCAAAGAUUACAAGAGGAAUCAUAUAGUUUGAAACCCUAUGGGUGGGAAGAAUUCAACAUCGAAGAGUGUAACCAUGACAUGGUUUUAGAAGAAGCGCCCAGUGAUAAUGUGGAAAUUCAGAAGGUUCCUUCUGCUUCUAAGAAAGGGAGAAACAGAGGCAAUGCAGCUCAAGAAAACAAUGGGAUCUUGCGCUCGCCUGAGAGGGGUAGCAAAAGGAAAAGAGGAAGACCUGCUGGCACAAACAGAGGGAAAAGUGGUGCCACCCAAACUCGAAGAACACGGGCACGUAUUGGCAGGAAGCCUGCUAAAAUAUCUUUCCAUGAGUCAGACGAAAGUGAUUCUUAUGAUCAUACAUCAUUUAAGGAAGACGUUGAUAUCGCUGAGGGAACACAUGAGAUGGUAGGUGACAGAAGUUUAGACAUGCAAAGAAAUGAGGCAAUGAAAGAUUCUACAUCAUCACAAAGUGGUAAGGCAGCUGAACAAGAGGUUGUUGCAGACAUAAGAUUCGAUGGCAAUUCUGUUAAAUUUCCUGAAAUUGAAAUGAUUGAGAAGCAUAAUAGCCAAGAUCAAGAUAACAAGGAGAAACUCGAAGUUAAUGAUGAUCCAGUUCAAGCCAUGUUGCUUGGUCUUAUUCCCAGUCUUGGAACAAAGAAUGCUCAAACUAUGAAAAUGAGUAUUGAGUCUGAGAAGCCACCUGUAGAUCUGAUUCCAAGUCAUGGAAAGAAGAAUGUCCAAACCACAUCGCAUACUAGUGCCGAGGAUGACAAGCCACCAUGUGAUAUAGUUGCAGAGCCUACAAAGAAAAAGAAAGUUAGCUAUAAGGAUCUUGCUAGUCAGCUACUUAAGGAUUGGUAAAUUAUUGACUAUUUGUGUACCUUUUCUUCUGUAUAUCUACUUGGGAAUUAAUAGGACUUGAUGGAAGUUGAUCCUUUUGUUCUAAAAUGACAUGUUUAUAUGUAGCACAUUAAUAGCAAGGACAUAACUUCCUUCUGGCGGCCUGGUUUUGUGGAAAGGAAUCAAAAUGGGAAUUCAUAGUUUU